AGUGUAAAGUCUAAUGAAGGAGAAGCUGUGUAAAUUCUGAUGCCAAAUUCUGGUUGUUCAGUUAUUUGCUCCAUUUGGUAUCUUUAAUGGAGAAAUUAAGUUUUUUUUGGAACUUUUCUUCUGAUGAAAUUAUGAAUUUAAGUUUAAUUUGUUUGAGAAUUUGCAACUGGGUUUAAAAUAAUGUCAAGGAAAGAAAUAUAAAAUUACCCUAAUCAAAAUAACAGUUAUCAAAAUAUAAAAAAGCUAUUAACCGCCAUUUUUUCUUUUUUCAUUUUUUAAAAGUUCAAAACGGUUAUAAAUGUUCUCUUGAUUCAGUUAAUUUUAUUAUAUAGAGUAUUUUUUAGAGUGACAGUUUCAAAACGGUUUAUGCCUGUUGGUGCUGAUGGUAUUUUCAAAGCCUGGAAUCAAGCGCCUGUGCAUUGUAUUUUCAGUUCUUUUCUCUUUCGUUUUAGGAUUUCCGUUCCUGCUGAAGUCUGUGGAAAUAUACAGAUCACCACUUCCAUUUAAAUAUAUGGAUUCGCUUUCAAGUGUAAUUGAAUCCAAACCUUUGUUCUUUCCGUGUCGAUUUCAAGCGAUUUUUCUAGGUUUUAGUGAUCUGAAGGACGCAAAGAAAGUAGGCUUUUCCAUUGCUGACCGAAUGAAGGAAAUAAUGAGUCAUGAUCAUGCUUGUGGAAGUUGUCAGUCAAAUUUUACUGUGUCAGUUUCUUUGGAAUUGGAGAAUAGUUGUGUGCAGAGUGAGAAUGAGAAUAGUGGCUGUUCUUGGGAGUGCGGGGGGUUGAAAGAUGCUGAUUUUAAAUGGAAGGAUGAUGAAUUUACUGAUGGAUUGUUGAACAAGGCAUUGUCUGGUAGUCAGAGAUGUUCGGAUACAAAUGGAAAGGUUUACAGCAUUGUUGUGGUGAAUAGGGACGAGGAAGUUAGGGCAGUAGUAGGAAAGUAUCGGCAUGGAUGGAUCACUGGGAAGGUGUCUGAGGUCGAGGGGGUGGAGAGGAUCGCUGAAAUAUUCGUUAAGGUGUUUAUGAAUGGUGGGAAGGAAGAAGGUUCAAUUCAUGGAGAGUUUAUGCCUGUUGGUGCUGAUGGUCGUGUUAUACUGUCUUUUAGCCUGUUAAAUGCAGAUCCUCAGGAAUGGAUUUAUGAUUGGGAUUUUGAGAGAGUAAAUGAGAUUCACCUGGCUCCAGUUGUAGAGGCUUUAGCACCAAUCGCUAAAAUAAAUGUAGAAAGUCAGAUUCUGUAUCAUACCCCAAAAGCUUUUGUCUCUCAUAGGGAUGACCACAGAGGUGCUUACAUUUAUGAUACAAAGGAUCUUCCAUUUUUUGUAAAUUCAAAUGAAUGGCAUUUGGAUACUUCUACUGCUGCUGGAGGACGUUCCAAAAUUUUGCACAUUGUUGUAUACGUACCAUCCGCGAAGGAGUGUCCUCUUUUACUGCAACUUCCUAAUGGAGAGAUCUCGCUGACAAAUGGAUUUAUAUCUCCUAUGUGGGAAGGUGUUAUUGUCUGGAACCCAUCUGGAUGUUCAAGUCAUUCUGAGACAGAGCAUUAUGCUAAGCAUACCAUCCCUUUUAAGUUGCCGCAGCUUUUUGGUCUCAAGUCUGAGAGCCUAUAUGUUGGUUCUUCUGGGAGAAUCAAUCUUUCGGCUAGUGAAAGAGGCUUCACGGAAUGUUAUGUCCUGCACACUUUGAUAAUGUUCAUGGAAUUGGAUCUGUUAACUCGUCAACAUACAUGCUUCAAUCUUCAGUCUUGUGCAACCACACUUGGUUCUCUUUCCAGAUUGGUUCAAUCACUGCCAAGAAUGAUUAUACAGGAUGAAAUAGGAAAACAGGUGGAAUAUUCUCUUCAUGCUGCAAAUUUUGCCAGAAGCAAUGCCACUCUCGGUGCCUGUGAUGAUUCUGCUGUUUUAUCACGAGAAGCAAGAUCGUUGGCUGAGGUCGCCUUUUUUCAUCCAUCAAUAAUGUCUGUGAGCUAUUACUCGUUUGAGCACUGCUUUGCAGUCUACUCGCCAUUCUUCCUACCAGUAGCAUUGCACAUUCUCCUUGCAGCUUUCAAAGAACUGAGGCGAUACAAGCAAGAAAAUUCAAAAUACUCCACAUGGAAAGCAGUAGAGGUUACAUAGUUUUAGUAAUAUACCUCGAAAAUGUGUCCACUGGAUUGGGUUCAGGUUGUAUUUUCUUACAUAGUUUUAAUUUUAGGGUGUAAAUUUUUGGCUCUACAACUUAAGACCGUGUAAGUUUUAGAUCUACGUCUUUGAAUUAGUGAUUUUCAUCAGGUGUGUUCAACUUUUGAAUUGUAUAAAUAUUUUCGAAGUUAUUUGUCAAUUAUUGCCAUCGUUUUAUGUC